GCAGAGGGGGCCUUAUGGGUUUAAAGGUUAAGGGACCUGUCUGCACUGUCCCAAAGACAAACAAAUUUGCUAGCCUUGAGUAAAGUCCAUUGGGAAUCACACAGAGCUGGAACAGAAGGGCCAGUCUGCUGACAGAAACAUAACCAACAAUAAAAGACAAAACAUCCCAGAGUCAGUGCAUCAUCCUCCGACGGAGAUCAGGUUCUGCAAUAUCAUGGAUCUUCUCCACAGCUGGGGGGUUGAGCUGGCGGUCCAUCUGCAGACCAGACACAGCAGCUACGAGGACAGCCUGGCAUCCACGGUGGCAGAUCUGCACACCACGUUCUUCUGCUGGUUCCCAAUCUGGUUCCACCUGCGCAAGGACUCGGGGCUCAGGCUCAUCUGGGUGGCGGUCAUCGGAGACUGGCUCAACUUGGUCCUGAAGUGGGUCGUGUUUGGGGAGAGACCCUACUGGUGGGUUCAGGAGACCAAGUUUUACGGAGCAGGACAGGCUCCUUCGCUGCAGCAGUUUCCCAUCACAUGUGAAACUGGACCAGGAAGCCCUUCAGGUCACGCCAUGGGUGCAGCUGGUGUCUGGUAUGUCAUGGUGACAGCGCUGCUCUCUUUUGCCACAGAAAAACGAUGCCCCCCUUUAUUAUACAAAUCGUUGCAGAUUGUCCUGUGGUCGUUCAUGGCCCUGGUAUUGCUGUUGGUCUGCAUGUCCAGAGUCUACGUGGCUGCCCACUUCCCACACCAGGUGAUUGCCGGAGUCAUCACAGGUCUUCUGGUAGCUGAGCUGACCUCCAAGGUGAAAUGGAUCUACAACGCCAGCAUGAACAAGUACUUCUUUAUAACCCUCUUCUUGACCUCCUUCGCUGUCGGCUUCUACCUCCUGCUCAAAGCUCUGGGUGUGGACCUGCUGUGGACCAUGGCCAAAGCUCAGAAGUGGUGCAUCAGGCCAGAGUGGGUCCACCUGGACUCCGCUCCCUUCGCCAGCCUCCUGCGUAACAUGGGCUCUCUGUUUGGCCUGGGCCUGGGGCUGCACUCACCGCUCUUCAACGGCACCAGGAAGGAGAGCACAAGCAUCACAUUCAAGAUGGGAUGUAUUAGCAUGUCUUUAGUCCUGCUACAGCUGUUGGACGGGUGGACAUUUUCCUCGGAAAACCGCAUGAUUUUUUAUGCCCUGUCUUUCAGUAAGAGUACAGUCGCACUUUUAAUCCCAACCACUCUGGUGCCUUGGGCUCUCUGCAGGAUUUGCAACGGAAACAAAGAAGACAAAAAGUUGUAGUUUAAUUUUCUGUAUCUACUAGGAUUCUUUCAUUCUCUAGGACAUUUAUAGUUUCAGGACAAGGUCACUGAAGGAGUAAACCUGUAAAACUGUAGUUUAAUAUUUUGAAGAAUACACUUAUUACUGAGAGGUUAUGUUCAAAUGGGAUUCACGAGAUUUUGUUUACCACAUGUGGGCUACACAAAAUGCUUGGAGUUCAAGUGCCCCACCUGCUGCUAGGCAACAGUUGAGGUCUAGAAGCCAUCGAGGCUAACAAUUGACAAGCUAACAACCAGGUUAAAUUAGGAAAUACAGAAGUGCAAUGAAAGGAUAAGGCCACUGGGAAUAUCAGCAUUUUCCUCAAAGUUUUAUAAAACUGCAAAGAAAUAUUGUAAUAAAUGACAAAAUAUUAA